AUGAGAGGACACUGGGUAACAACAUUAAUAUUAUGUCGUAUAGAACAAACCUUGGACGAAGGCAGCAGCAGGCAGCUCUGCAGCAGCAGCAGCUCUGCAGCAGCUCUUGCAGCUCUGGCAGCAGCAGCAGCAGCUCUGCAGCAGCAGCAGCAGCAGCUCUGCAGCAUCAGCAGCAGCAGCCUCUGCAGCAGCAGCAGCUCUGCAGCAUCUACGCAGCAGCAGCUUCUGCAGCAGCAGCAGCAGCAGCUCUGCAGCAGCAGCAGCAGCAGCAGCAGCAGCUCUGCAGCACGCAGCAGCAGCAGCUCUGCAGCAGCAGCAGCAGCAAGCCUCUGCAGCAGCAGCAGCAGCAGCCUCUGCAGCAGAAGCUCUGCAGCAGCUCUGCAGCAGCAGCUCUGCAGCAGCAGCUCGCAGCAAGAGCAGCUCUGCAGCAGCAGCUCUGACAGCAGCAGCUCUGCAGCAGCAGCAGCAGCAGCUCUGCAGCAGCAGCAGCUCUGCAGCAGCAGCUCUGCAGCAGCAGCUCUGCAGCAGCAGCUCUGCAGCAGCAGCUCUGCAGCAGCAGCAGCAGCAGCUCUGCAGCAGCAGCUCCUUGCAGCAGCAGCAGCAGCAGCUCUGCAGCAGAAGGCUCUGCAGCAGCAGCUCGCAGCAGCAGCAGCUCUGCAGCAGCAGCAGCUCUGCAGCAGCAGCAGCAGCAGCUCUGCAGCAGGCAGCUCUGGAGCAGCAGCAUCGCUGCAGCAGAGGAGCAGCAGCUCUGCAGCAGCAGCAGCAGGCUCUGCAGCGCGAGCUCUGCAGCAGCAGCAGCCCAGCAGCUCUGCAGAGCAAGCAGCAGCAGCUCUGCAGCAGCAGCAGCAGCAGCUCUGCAGCAGCAGCAGCAGCAGCAGCAAGCAGCAGGGCAGCAGUUGCAGCAGCAGCAGCAGCAGCAGAGCUCUGCAGCAGCAGCAGCAGCAAGCAGCAGCAGCUCGCAGCAGCAGCAGCAGCAGCUCUGCAGCAGAGCUGCAGCAGAGCAGCUCUUUGCAGCAGCAGCAGCUUGCAGCAGCAGCAGCUCUGCAGCAGCAGCAGCAGCAGCCAGCUCUGCAGCAGCAGCGCAGCAGCAGCUCCUGCAGCAGCAGCAGCAGCAGCUCUGCAGCAGCAGCAGCUCUGCAGCAGCAGCAGCAGCAGCUCUCAGCUCUGCAGCAGCAGCAGCUCUGCAGCAGCAGCAGCAGCAGCUCUGCAGCAGCAGCAGCUCUGCAGCAGCAGCAAGGCAGCAGCUCUGCAGCAGCAGCAGCAGCAAGCAGCAGCAGCUCCUGCAGCAGCAGCAGCAGCAGCAAGCAGCAGCAGCAGCAGCAGCAGCAGCAGCUCUUGCAGCAGCAGCAGCAGCAGCUCUGCAGCGGCAGCAGCUCUUGCAGCAGCAGCGCAGCCAGGCUCGCAGCAGCAGCAGCAGCAGCAGCAGCUUGCAGCAGCAGAGCAGCAGCAGCAGCAGCUCUGCAGCAGCAGCAGCAGCAGCUCUGCAGCAGCAGCAGCAGCAGCUCUGCAGCAGCAUGCAGCAGCAGCAGCAGCAGCAGUAGUAGUAGUAGUAGUAGUAGUAGUAUUAAUAGCAAAUAUGUCUAA